UUGCAGACAGCAGAAGUUACUCCUCCCCUUCCAUUCCAUCCCAUCAUCCGCUCAACCCAACCCAACCCAACCCUAAAGAAUACUUAAAUUAUUUCUCCAUCAUCACCAGAAAAAAGGAAAAUAGGAAAAAAAAAAGGAGACCCUUUUUCUCUCUUGAAACGGAAGAGAAGAGACCAAGAACAAGAAGGUGAAAGAAAGGAAGAGAGGAGAGAAUAAUGGAGGGUUCUGAGCUCUUACCAAACCACAACAGCAAUGGAGACUAAGAAAAAAAGAGAAAAAAUAGGAAACCACAUUGCUAUUACUGUUCCCAAUGGGGAAGGCAGAGGAUGAGCAGCCUUUACCAGGCUCAAUUGUGGAUGAAGCUCAAAGAAGAAUUGAUGAGCAGAAUAAUGUAGGAAAUAGUGAUAGGAGAGCGUGCUGCUUCUGCUGCUGGAACAGGAGCAGGAGGUUGAAGAGGGUUGUGAGUUUUAGAUGUGUGUUUGCUUUGGUGCUUGGAUUAGGAGUCUUGCUCUCUGCUUUCUUUUUGUUGCCAUUUUUCCAUUAUGGAGAUCAGAAGGAUCUGGAUCUGGAUUCUGAGUUUGGAGGUCAUGCAAUAGUAGCAAGCUUUAUGGUCGAUAAACCGGCUUCAUUUUUGGAAGACUAUGUCUUGCAACUUGAGGAUGAUAUUUUUGAGGAAAUUAGCUUUCUCACCACUAAAGUGGAAGUACUAAAAUUAGAACCUUCUGCUGGACCAAAUACAACAAAAGUUGUCUUUGCAGUUGAUUCUGAUGUGACAACUCAAAGUUUAAUCAGGGCUACUUUUGUAUCUAUCUUAAUACAUCAAUCUCCUCUUGGUCUGACUGCAUCCUUGUUCGGGCACCCUUAUUCUUUUGAGGUUCUGAAAUUCUUUGGAGGGAUUACAGUUAGUCCUCAACAGAGUGCAUUCCUCAUGCAAAAAGUGCAGAUCCUCUUCAAUUUUACCUUGAACUUCUCUAUUGAACAACUUCAAAAUAAUUUCGACGAACUGAGAAGGCAAUUGAAGUUAGGAUUGCAUCUUGCUCCAUAUGAGAAUUUGUAUAUAAGCUUGACUAAUCUGAGGGGUUCAACUGUGGUCCCCCCAACUAUAGUCCAGUGCCGAGUUUUGCUGGCUGUGGGCAUUAACCCCUCAAAGUCAAGGUUCAAGCAGUUGACUCAAACAAUAACUGGAUCUCAUGAAGAAAAUCUAGGUCUGAACAACACUGUGUUUGGAAGGGUUAAACAAGUUCGUCUUUCAUCUGUACUCCCUCCUGGUGGCACUGGGUCACCGUCUCCAGCUCCUGUUCCUCAACCCCAUCAUCACCAUCACCAUCACCACCACCACCACCAUCAUCCUGGUACCAAUUAUUCUCCGACUGUUGCGCCUGCACCAAGAAAUGAGAAUAGUGGAUCCAUCAACCGUAAAGGUGCACCACAAUCCACACCACUGGCUGCUCCUACUCCCACACAAGGAUUGCAUCAUAAAGUGGAGCCUCCUGGUUGCCGCUUUGGGCAUAAGAAUAGACACCCGAGGAAUGGGAAUCGGCAAACCCCCAUUUCACCACCAAUUUUGGCACCAGUUAGCGCUCCCUCACCCCAGCAGCAAAUAGAUCCUCCUACACCAACCGUGCCUCAAGUCCCUUCAUCAAGCCCACUGCCAAAUGUAGUUUUUGCUCAUGCUAGGCCUCCGUCAGGGAGAGAAUUUGAUGCUGAACCUCCUGAUAUUACACCUUCAGUUUCACCCUCACCAUCUUCAUCAUCUGCCAGCAUCACAUUCUGCAAUUUGUGGGCUGCCCUGCUGUUUCUACCUCUUGUGUUGUAUGCGUAGACACAAACUGGAGGGUUUUAAUAUACCAAGAAGUCACCUCCAGGGAUGAAAUUUUGAACGACAAAAUCUGUGUAUGACUAUUGCAAAUAGGCACCACAAGAUGGAGGAGCUUUGCUAGUGGGAGCAAUGCCAAAAAAGGCAUGCUUCACAAUUAAGUGGAUAUAUGUUGUUAUCUGCAUGUAAAUAGUUGAUGAAAAUUUCAGCAGCAACAUGCAUUUCCAGGUCAAAGUCACAGAGGUGACAGGCCCAUGAGAAUAUGUAUCAAUGCUGUAUCGUGUAUGAUCUCUCUUCCACAUAAAUUGUACCUUUGUAAUACCAAGUGUAUAACAUUGCCUUUUUGCUCCUAAUCUCUUUCU